GACGGGCAGUGCAGUGUGGGAGCUUGCCAGACGCAUCGCCAUUUUACGGCGCCAACAUGUUGUCGAACGCACAGCUACUGGACGAGUUGAUGGGCCGCGACCGCAACCUGGCCCCGGACGAGAAGAGGCAGAACGUCCGCUGGGAUGACGACAGUGUGUGUAAAUACUUCCUGUGUGGAUUCUGUCCAGCUGAAUUAUUUACUAAUACACGUUCUGAUCUGGGUCCUUGUGAGAAAAUUCAUGAUGAUAACUUGCGGAAGUAUUACGAGAAGAGCUCUCGAUUCAUGAAGGUGGGCUAUGAGAAGGAUUUCUUGCGCUACCUUCAGAACCUGAUGGCAGAUGUGGAGCGGCGGAUCCGUCGAGGUCAUGCUCGACUCGCACUGUCCCAGAACACAACGACAGGAGCCACGACUGGAGGGCCUGUGAGUAAAAAUGAAGAGAAGGGUCAGGUCCUAACGGAGAAAAUUGAAGAACUUUUGGAACAGAUAGAGGAGUUGGGCUCUGAGGGGAAGGUAGAAGAAGCCCAGGGUAUGAUGAAACUCGUGGAACAGCUGAAAGACGAACGGGAACAGCUACGAUCUGCCAGUUCGACCAUCGAGAGCUUUGCAGCCCAGGAGAAACAGAUGGAAGUGUGCGAAGUAUGUGGUGCAUUUCUUAUUGUGGGAGAUGCCCAGUCCCGGGUCGAUGACCAUUUAAUGGGAAAACAGCACAUGGGUUACGCAAAGAUCAAAGCAACAGUGGAAGAACUGAAGGAGAAAGUUCGGAAAAAGACUGAGGAACCAGAACGUGAUGACAAAUUAAAACGAGAACGAGAAGAGAGGGAGCUGGAACGUGAGCGAGAGCGUGAGGAGCGGGAGAAGAAACGUCGUCGGGAAGAGGAGGAGAAAGAAAAAGAGCGGGAGCGUGAAAGAGAGGCGCGUCGGAGGAGGAGUCACUCACGUAGUCGACACUCUCACUCCAGCCGAGCGUCUGAGCGGCGACGGAGCAGAUCACGAGAACGCAGGCGUUCCCGCAGCAGAGAACGAGAGAAGAAACGGAGCAGGGGUGAUGAUGGUUGGAGCAGGGACCGGUCGGAGAGGAAGCACAGGUCCCGGAGCAGAGAUCGCCGCAGGUCACGGAGUCGUGACAGGUCUCACAGACACAGGAGCAGGAGCCGCGAGAAGGAGAGCAGGUCAAAGGACAAAGAGAGGAGAGAUUCUGACGAGGCGAGGAAAAGCAGCCGCAGAUCGAGUCAGACAGACAGAGAGAGCGCAGCAUCCCGUGCAGACCCCAUGGAGGUGGAUACCACUAAAAGCGAGGUCAAUGGGAGAGAUGAAGACCUAAAAUCUGAAGGUGACACUCAGUCCAAUUAAAACUGAUCUGAUUUGACCUCAGAUCAGGUCAAGGAGUGGCCAUUUAGAAGACGUCAAGGAAUCCAGUGAAGAUUUGACUGCCUGUUCUGAAGGCUCUGCCCCAUUAAAACAAGGUGAAAGAAAGCUGUGUAGUGGUGUAGAGGGGGAGAGAAGUUGUCAUUUUUAAGCAAAAAAAAAAGUCCAGAAAUGAAUUUGUAUGGUUAGUUUCCCUGAGGAGUUCCCAUUUCUUGUGCUUGCAACACCUUACCUAUAGUGAGCUCGAGUGCUGUUUUUCAAACCACAAAUGUGUCAGGCUAAAGUGAGCAGCCCAGAUUGUGACUUGCAUUUGUACCCAAGGUUUUCCUUGACGAUUAAGUUUGUAGUGACUGCUGUGUAAAUACCAGGCAGGUUGAGUUGUAUAGAGCUGUUUUGAUCAAGGCUGAUC